AUGGCGGACUGGGAGAAUAUGAAAGACCGCAAGAGCAAGAACAAAAAGAGGAAGCAUACAGCAUCGAUUUCUGAGCCAGUCGACCUAAAGGCUGGCGAGUACAUCGACCAAUCAGCCGUAUUAGGUGCGGUGAAGCUGUCGAUCGAUCCUGCUGGCACACCCGUCGCACCGCAUGCAGUAGGCGUUCUAGAAUCAUCGGAGGGCGACAGCUUAACGGAAGAUUCGACACUGGCGGCAAGCAAAGUGUUCAUGAAACAUCAACAAUGA